AUGUAACAUUGGCCUCAGAAAACCGGAAGUUGGGGAAGCUGGAAAGUUCAUCGACGAAGCAACCUUACUUGUUGGUAAAAUACGUCCAAAAAUUGCAAUGAAGAAAAAGAAGCAAGUUUUUGGGUCAGAAAUAUGCAAUAUGUACUUCUGCUGAGCACAAAGUCCAAGAAGGAUAGUGAAUAGAUAAUCGCUCUGUUCUUCUGUGCGACCGUGUGUUUUAGGAGACGGAUGCUGAAUAUCGUCUGAGAACGUAUUUCAUCAACAUCGUAACGUGCUAUGGGAUAUGUUAUCAUGGAGUAACGUUUUCGAAAUUCCAGAAUAAGUGAAAAAAUAUCGAUGAAAAUGCAAAAACCUGUAGAUCGAAAUUUUACUUUAGCAAUGGAGAGAGGAAAUCAUCUCAUAUUGCCCACUGCUUUCCACCCAAUUAACAAAUACAAUCAAUCGCAUUUGGUUUUUGAUUUGUAUAUGGCAGUAGCUUCGGGAAGUACACAAGAGGCCAGGAACAUCCUUCUAUCAUAUCCACACGUUGAUUUUAACAUACCAGUAAAGGGUGCAACAGCUUUGUCACUGUCUCUUUACAAGAGACAUUUUGAUAUUUUUAAUCUAUUGAUGCGCCACUAUGAAAAGAGCAAGAAUCUGAACUUAAACAAAAGCAGCAAAGAUCAUUUGAACCGUGUUGAGCCACCUAUUAUUACAGCCUGCCGAAUGCAUUUUCUUGAGGGAGUGGUUGCAUUGGUAAAUGCUGGUGCUGACAUCGAUGCAGCUGACAACUACAAUCACACAGCUUUGUGGGUAGCAUGCAGACAACAAAUGCCAGACCUAGUGGAGUAUUUGAUUUCAAAUGGUGCUAGUGUCAAUAAAACCGACCAGUUCAACCGUACCCCACUUCUCACAGCCUUAACCUACAGGGUCAGCUCUUUUAUCACAAAAACUCUUAUUGUCCAUGGAAGCAAUUUACAAGGUCCGAAAUACCCAAUUGGUGGCACAAGCGCACAACAUAAUCCUCUUUUCUGGGCAUCAAAGCACAAAGCAAUGGAAAUUGUCAAACUUUUGUUGUGUGCAGGUAUACCUUUGUGGGAGAUUCGUAGUGUGAGAAGAGCUUUAGUCAUGGAUGGGGACAAUGAUGUGGCUAUAAUAGGGCUAUUAGAUGCUGAAAUCAACAACCCUCCAAGUCUGAAACAACUCUGUCGAAUGGAAAUCAGAUCUUGUAUCAGCAGAAACUGUAAUGGGAAAGGGUUUUUGAAAAAUAUUGAAACAUUACCACUUCCUGUUAUAUUAAAACAACAUGUGAGUCUCAGAGUAUUGUAUAUGUAAGAUUUGUAAUAUAACCUACUGUGAAAAGAUGAGUAUAUAUGUUGAAAGUGUAUGUUGUGUCUUUACCUGCAUGGAACGCCAAAUGCAGUGAUUUACCGGUACUUGAGACUGCCUAGAUCUGAGUUAGUGAUUAAGUUUUCACUGUAUAUCUACAUGUAUGCUAUAAUUUUGGUGCAAAUAAAACCACAUGGGUCAACAGAUAUUUGUUGUAAAUUAACAAAACAAUAAUAUGGAACAGAUUGGGCUUAGACACUAACUUCAUUACCCAGAAAGAUUGUUGAUCUUUAAUGGAAAAGCUGGGGGGCCUGGUCAUAAUGAGAAAUGAUUAUUUCUCGGCUGCAGUCAUGCUCUCAUUGAAAAUUUGAAACUAGAAGUUCUUUGGAGGAUUCUAAAUUAUUUUGGAGUACAUAUGUACCUUGGUAUUAUAUAGCUGCUUUAUUCCCAUGUGACAUUUCUAGAUUCUUUUCUUCAAUGCCUGAAAUUGCUGGUUAUAUGUCAGUGUUUCGAAACAUCAGGCAUAUAUCAGCCUGUCGUGAAUUUUCGGGCCUUGUGGCCACCAACCUUACAAUAGAUUAUCUCCAGUGCUUCAGAUGUGGUUUACUCACACGAGAGUUUGAAGUAUACAGUACCAUAGAUAAAAUGUUUUCUGCGAGAAUAGGUCUUGACUUUUUAUAUUAAACAUUGGGCCAUUGUAUACCUAAACAGUAUACUCUAGUACAUGUAUUUAUAACAAAAGUGAUUUCCAGUUAAACUAAAAAGAAAAAACUAACAUUCUGUUUCAUGUAUUCACUAUUAGCAGAACUUUAAUUUUUGAUGCCAAGAUAAUUAUAAGGUGUUGAUGUUCUGAUUUUCUUCAGUCCUUGCCCAGAAUUCUAAGGAUAUUGCAUUUUUACAUGCUUUUGUCAUAGUCAACCAUGUUCAUGUAUAUAUAUAAACAUGUAUGUUCUUACAGGAAAAUUGAGGGAUCAAGGUUUACUUUAUGUGGUGACGCAUGUACACGUCUGUAUAUUUGAUAUUCUGACUGAUCAGGUACACAAUUUACAUGAAAUUAUUGAAAUAAUAAUUUCUUGAAAAC